CUCCAGCUGGCCGUGGGGCCGCAGAGCUUCGAGUGGAUCGCCUCAACCGCUGGAAGCGCACACACUGGAUCGCUGCAUGGUGGUGCGGCGGGAUGACGAUGAGUCAAUGGGCAUCGUGAAUUCAGCGCCACAGAUUUCACACAGAAAGCUGCAACUUUAGUCGGCCUGGAGCAAGUGAGGACGUCUGCGACCUCUAGGUUUCUACCUCUGUACCCAGACUGUUCCUGCUCUUUUGGUUCUGAGACAUCUCCCAUUUGAUUUGAACUGGCACACGGGCACAGACAGGCAGCCCCCCUCCAAAUCGCCAAUCGCAUAUCGCAAAUUGCAAAGCUGCUCCGCCAACCCCGCGCAUCGCCAUGCCCCCUGCCGUCACGGCCGUGGCCCCUGGGCUGCAGGCCCUGAUUCUCUGCGGCCCUGGCUCUUCCUUUCCCACAUUCACUGCCAACCCUGACGAGAACCCAAAGGCGCUCCUCCCCAUCGCCAACAGGCCCAUGGUCUGGUACCCUCUGAGCUUCUGCUACAGGCUGGGCAUCACAGACAUCACUCUCAUCUGUCCGCCAACGGCAUCAGAAGCACUCAAUGUUUCGCUCAAGACCAACCCAUUCCUCACUGGUCUGCCCCUGCCGACACCCAACCUGCUGGCGCCAAAGGAUCUGACAUACAACACUGGCACCGCCGAGAUUCUUCGUCUGCCCGAGGUGAGGUCGGUUGUGAACCGGGACUUCUUAGUCUUGCCAUGCGACCUCGUUUGUGAGCUUGGUGGCGACGCGCUGGUGCAGGCAUGGAUGGUCAAGUCCGCUCAGCUGAAACCCGACUCUGGCGACGACGGCGACGGUGCAGGCGGGGUAUAUAGCGGGGGACUGGGCGUGUGGUAUGACACCAAGGUCGCACCUAUUAAGGGAGAGGAGACAGACUUUAUAAUCACCACGCCUGUUCCAUCCCUCCCCAUAGCACCAACCAAGGGAUCAGCCAUACCAAGCGUGGCUAACCUGGCAUACUCUAUGCCAAAGGACUCGCUCAACGAUCUAACCGAGGAAAAGGGCGGACUUCCGAUCCGACAUGGCCUCCUCCGCCGCCACCCCAGGAUACGCAUGAUGACGAACCACAGGGACGCCCACAUCUACAUCUUCCCCCGAUGGGUCAUGGACUUUGUCAACGAGAACGAGCACCUCGAGAGCAUCGGCGAGGACGUCGUUGGCUGGUGGGCAAAGGCUGGCUGGCAGGACGGUCUCGCCUCGAAACUUGGCUUGGACAAGCUGCUGCGCCCUGGAGGCCAGUCCCCAGCAAAGGGGCGCGAGUGGCACUCGCACAGCCCCGAAAGCGCACCGUCUUCUCCUAUCGAGGCUGGUGCUCUAGGGCCAGCGGGAGGUCAGCGGCAUGGCCAGAGCGGCAAGGUGUCGUCCAAGGCCGAAAAACCAACAACAGUCCCACCUAUGCUGGCUUACAUUCAUCCAUCUCAACCAGCCGAGCCCCUGAUCCGCCGUGUGGACACGGCUCAGGCGCUGCUCGAGGUGUCGCUCCAACUGGCAAAGCUUCCCUCUAUCGAGGAGACGGGUGCGGCGGCGACAUCACCGUUUGCACACGCUCGCAAGGUGGCGUACCCUGAGGGCGUACGCUCUCGCACGACCAUAACGCGGCCCGACAGCCUCGUGGCCGACAAUGUGAUAGUCGAAGAGAAGGUUUCGAUCAAGGAGUCGAUAAUAGGCGCCAACUGCAGGAUAGAGGAGGGCGCCAAGCUACAACACUGUCUUCUCAUGGACGGCGUCGUUGUUGGUAAGGGCUGCAGACUUGUCCGCUGCAUCCUCGGCAAGCGCAGCCAGGUUGGAGAAGGUUCAACAUUGAUGGACUGCGAGGUUCAGGAGAACCUUUUGGUUGAGCCCAAGACCGAGGAGAAGAAUACCAAGAUCAUGAGCUCGUCGGGCCUCGAGGCCACGGAGGAAGAGAUGCAGGAGGCUCUCCAGGGCCUCUCCGACAGCGAGCCAGUAGCCGAGUAGCAGAGGCUGGUGACGAAGGAGGGAUAGCUCAGCUGCUCCAUUCUGCAGCAAGUGUUGGAUAUUGCCGUAGAUUUCUACAGGUCGGCGUCGUGGAAGGUGGCCCAGAGCGGCCCAUCUCCCACCUCAUGCCCGCAACAGUGAGACCUUGUGGCAAUAUUUGUUGGCGCAUUGACGUGCCCGUGUAUGGUGCUUUUGUCGAUCGGGAUAGACCUCUGCUCGGACAUUAAUAUCGGCGCCCUCCCUGACGCCGGAGGGAGACUGGUUUAUCCCCCUUGGGCGUUUUGCCAAUCUUCAUGGACCAUGUGUUUGGGCGUUCCCCUUGGGCACGCCAGUAUGAAGAUGUUUGAUACACUUAUGGCCCACGACCUCAAUCGCGGCUUGGUAAACCCCAAGGUCAUGGCAAGGAUGGGUCAAUGUUGAGCAAUCUUGUCCAGCUGCCUGGCGUGCGUCGUGGGGUUGUGCAGCGGGGCUUCCAUGUUACUCAAUGCACCUAGCCCGUUGGGCCGCUCAAUGUAGGAUUCCAGCCUUGGUCAAGAGCCAUGGAAGUAACAUCGAUGGAAGGUUCUAUGCCGCCAGUGAAUACUACGGGAUCCGAUUUGUGAACCUUGUAUGUAUAUCGAGCAUGUGUAUUUAACUGUGAUAGCAUGCAGGGUACGAUAUAUACUUUAUGUCCUAGGCACGCUGCUAUCAUCACCAAUAGACUUAUCAUUGUGGCCCUGCAUAUGCUGGCCGCCCUCCAGGGACUGUAGAGUAAAAAAAGACCCAGGCAUUCAGUUGGAGGAAGCAAGAUUGUAUACCGCCC